ACUGGAGCGACAACGACUGGAGCCACAACGACUGGAGCCACGACGACUGGAGCCACAACUGUGACUAGGGCCACAACGACUGGAGGCACAACGACUGGUGCCUCAACGACUGGAGCCACAACGACUGGAGCCACAACAACUGGAGCCACAACGACUGGAGCCUCAACAACAGGAGCCACAACGACUGGAGCCACAACGACUGGAGGCACAACUGUGACUAGAGCCACAACGACUGGAGGCACAACGACUGGUGCCUCAACGACUGGAGCCACAACAACUGGAGCCACAACGACUGGAGGCACAACGACUGGUGCCACAACGACUGGAGCUACAACGACUGGAGCCACAACGACUGGAGCCACAACGACUGGAGUCACAACGACUGGAGCCACAACGACUGGAGCCACAACUGUGACUAGGGCCACAACGACUGGAGGCACAACGACUGGUGCCACAACGACUGGAGCCACAACGACUGGAGCCACAACGACUGGAGCCUCAACGACAGGAGCCUCAACGACAGGAGCCACAACGACUGGAGCCACAACGACUGGAGGCACAACUGUGACUAGAGCCACAACGACUGGAGGCACAACGACUGGUGCCUCAACGACUGGUGCCUCAACGACUGGAGCCACAACGACUGGAGGCACAACGACUGGUGCCACAACGACUGGAGCCACAACGACUGGAGCCACAACGACUGGAGCCACGACGACUGGAGCCACAACUGUGACUAGGGCCACAACGACUGGAGGCACAACGACUGGAGCCUCAACGACAGGAGCCACAACGACUGGAGCCACAACGACUGGAGGCACAACUGUGACUAGAGCCACAACGACUGGAGGCACAACGACUGGUGCCUCAACGACUGGAGCCACAACGACUGGAGCCACAACGACUGGAGGCACAACGACUGGUGCCACAACGACUGGAGCCACAACGACUGGAGCCACAACGACUGGAGGCACAACGACUGGUGCCACAACGACUGGAGCCACAACGACUGGAGCCACAACGACCGGAGGCACAACGAUUGGUGCUACAACGACUGGAGCCACAACGACUGGAGCCACAACGACUGGAGCCACAACGACUGGAGCCACAACGACUGGAGCCACGACGACUGGAGCCACAACUGUGACUAGGGCCACAACGACUGGAGGCACAACGACUGGUGCCUCAACGACUGGAGCCACAACGACUGGAGCCACAACGACUGGAGCCACAACGACUGGAGCCUCAACGACUGGAGCCUCAACGACAGGAGCCACAACGACUGGAGCCACAACGACUGGAGACACAACUGUGACUAGAGCCACAACGACUGGAGGCACAACGACUGGUGCCUCAACGACUGGUGCCUCAACGACUGGAGCCACAACGACUGGAGGCACAACGACUGGUGCCACAACGACUGGAGCCACAACGACUGGAGCCACAACGACUGGAGGCACAACGACUGGUGCCACAACGACUGGAGCCACAACGACUGGAGCCACAACGACUGGAGCCACAACGACUGGUGCCACAACGACUGGAGGCACAACGACUGGAGCCACAACGACCGGAGGCACAACGACUGGUGCUACAACGACUGGAGCCACAACGACUGGAGCCACAACGACUGGAGCCACGACGACUGGAGCCACAACUGUGACUAGGGCCACAACGACUGGAGGCACAACGACUGGAGGCACAACGACUGGUGCCUCAACGACUGGAGCCACAACGACUGGAGCCACAACGACUGGAGCCUCAACGACAGGAGCCACAACGACUGGAGCCACAACGACUGGAGGCACAACUGGGACUAGAGCCACAACGACUGGAGGCACAACGACUGGUGCCUCAACGACUGGAGCCACAACGACUGGAGCCACAACGACUGGAGACACAACGACUGGUGCCACAACGACUGGAGCCACAACGACUGGAACCACAACGACUGGAGGCACAACGACUGGUGCCACAACGACUGGAGCCACAACGACUGGAGCCACAACGACUGGAGCCACAACGACUGGAGCCACAACGACUGGAGCCACAACGACUGGAGCCACAACGACUGGAGGCACAACGACUGGUGCCACAACGACUGGAGCCACAACGACUGGAGCCACAACGACUGGAGCCACAACGACUGGAGCCACAACGACUGGAGCCACAACGACUGGAGCCACAACGACUGGAGGCACAACUGGCAUGACCACCAGUCUCUCUCCAACUACAACUGGAGGACCUACAACAGCGCUAACGACGACCACAACUGCUGUUGCACCCCGUCCAUCUGUAGUAGUUGUUCUUGUAGCAAUAGUGUUGGUGCCGUUCGAACCAGAGCUCACUGACCCAAAUAGUGAACAAUUUUCUGAGCUUGCUCAAUUGAUUUUAAUCGUGUACGAUACGACCUUCAGAGCGAGAUACAACACAUACAGUCGCUGUGUCGUCAGACGCUUCAGACUAAGUACACGAGUAACGCGAAAUGAUGAGGUGGAGUCGGAUGUGGACAUUGAGUUUGUCAACACAGAGACGUCGGAGGAAAUUCCGAGUUCGGACGAAAUAGUGACAAAUUUAAGGACGGAUUUGGAGAAUCCAGACAACAACUUCACUUUAUCGUUUGAUACUAACUCUCUCGUCAUCACUGAGAGAAAUGUAACAACGACAACUGCUGCACCAGCAACUGCACCCAUCGAGGCACUCACAUUACAACGCUUGACAUUCCGAUCCGCCGGCGAGGAGUUCACGACAGACUUGCUAGAUUCGUCUUCCCCUGCGUUCCAAAGUCGCGCCACCCUCAUUGGGACGACAUUUCAGCCUAUCUACCAAGGAUUAUUUUCUUCAUUCCGAUCUGUGACCGUGGUUUCAUUCAGUAAUGGCUCCAUCAUCAACAACUUAGACUUGAGUUUUGCAUCUGCGUCGGUGCCAAGCAGCACCGCAAUUGCCAAUGUUUUGAUCAACGCUGCCCCGGACAUCAAUGCCUUCAACGUGGACACCUCGUUCAUUUUUGUGAAUGGCGCUCAAGUUUCCAGCGGAGCGAGCCACAAGACAAGCAUCAUCACUGCAUCCUGUCUCGCGCUGUUGCCAUGGAUACUAUCUAACCAAUAAUAGUAGCAUUGUUGCGUUCCUGUCAAAUAAGUUUAACGAUACACACUUCAUUAUAGAUCAAUAAAACUCUUUAUUGUCAUAACAUCCUGACUUUGAUAUAACUUUAUUUCCUGUUAUCAACUCUAAUUAUGGCUUUUACUGCCAUCAAAUGUAGAUGUUAUCAUUACUGUUACAAUUGUAUUUCUAAAUCUGAUUCCGAUAUUUAGAUUUUAUCAUCACAAAUGAUUUUUCUUGAUAAAUUACUUUUUUUAAAUUAUUUAAAUAUUGUUUUGCCAUGACGUGUGCAUUGACAGCUCAAGCAUGUUAUAUGGACCAUAGCAUUGUAUUGUAUUUUAUUUAAGUGCACUUAAAUUAUUAUGAAUAUAUAAUAGAAUAAAAUAUUUGAAAAAUUG